AUGAGUCUUCCUCCCCAGCAGAAAGUGAUCCCUUAUAAGAGUGGGGGCAAACAUCGGGCUGUAGCUGCCAUGAAGGAGCCCACAGUGCAGCACGUCGCAGCCUCGGAUGUCUUCUAUGGAGGUAUGGGCCCCCCGGCUCUGGAGUCUGCACACGAGGUCGGGGAGCCUGGAGGCCACGGCUCUGGGGUCUUCAACCCAGAGAAGGGGCCCCAAAAUCGGGCACACUACCAGCAGACUGCCCCUGUUCAAUGGAUGCACAAGGACCCCAUCCAGGCCCCUGGCUGGUCUCAGGAAGCUCCCGGGCCCAUGCCAACCAAUCCAUGGGGGCAGAACUUUGGCCCGUAUAUGGGCGGCUUGAACAACGUUAGGGGCCAGAUGGCCUUCCCCAAGGGGAGCCACGAUGGAGGAGCUGCUUUGCAGAUGGGGCCAGCAGAGAAGCAGGCUGCAGGAUCCAUGGCCCAGGAUAGGGGCUUAGAGUGGGAGCAGCAUGGUGCGACGGCCGCCAUACGCCAAGCCCAGCUCCAGGCCCUCCAGCACGGCCAUAAGGGUGUAGACCUCCAGGCUCAGAACCCCCAUGCCCCCCCCUCUCACCCCUCCAUGCCACCAGGGUCCUUGUUGCAGCCCUUCCAGCUGGCAUUUGGACCCACCAAGCAGCACCUUCCAUCUCGGUACUACCAGGUGUUCCAAGGGGGCACCAAAGCCAUGCCAAACAUGAACUACAACGAGCAGUCCAAAGCCCAGCAACAACACCAACUGAUGCAGCUUCAGAUGCAACAGCAGCACCAAAUGCAUCAACAACAGCAACAGUUGCAUCAGCAGCAGCAUCAUCAACAACAGCAGCACCAGUUGCAGCAACAGCGCCAGCAUCAAAUGCAACAGCAUCAGCUCCAACUGCAGCAGCAAAUGCAACAGCAGUUUCACAAGAAGCAACUACAACAGGAGCAACGGCAACAAAUGCAGCAACAGCAGCAACCUCACAGUUUACCACUGCAGGAAAUACUGCAGCCACAGUCUCAGCAAAAGCAGCAGACAAACCAACACUUCCUUAGCUACAACCAGCCCCCUGACAACUGUCCAUCUAGCGCUAACCCCCCACACUCUCAGAAGGACAACCCUCCGUCUGUGGAAACUCAUGGACAGGGACAGACACUGGAAGUAGAGACCCCAUCCACUGAUCCAUCAAGCACACCCUGCGACCCCUGCCCUCCAAAGGUCACACUGGACCCCAUGUCACCCUCCUCCGACGCACCUUUAGCUGCCCCCCGCCGCUCCCGCCGCCUCUCCAGAGACGGGCUAUCCCCCCUGGGUGGCCCUCCCUCACUAACCUCCUGGAACCAGACCUCCAGGGAGGUACCUCAGAACGGCGUGGUGGCCGGUGGAGAGGAAGGGAGGAUGGGGGAGGGCCAGGGUGCCACCGGGGGGGUCAUCCAGAGUACCCGUCGUCGUCGGAGGGCGUCGAAAGAGAUCAAUCUGGAGACUCUGGCCCAGAAGGCUUCCGAGAUGGAGUUGAUGCCCGCGGCCAAGUUUGCCAAGACAUCCAAG